GCUUGGUGUCAGGAUGGACCAAUCACAGUCAAGAUGGUGCUCAUCAGAGCGUUUACAGGGGUUCACGUGUAAAUCGAAACUAAAAGUUCGUCUUGUGAUAAGAGCGCAUUUCUGAUCGCUGCAAACCAAAGCUUCUGUCUUUUAUUAAUCGGUCAGUUGGAGAUUCAGAAACCAGAAUGUCCAGCACUGUCAUACCCAUGACCUCUUCAACCCUCGUCAUCCAGAUGCAACCGCCCACACAAUCAACACCUGUUACAACAAAUGCUCCUGUUUAUGUACAGCAGGUGGCGGGAGUUUCACCUCUUCAUGGACUUCAGGCAUUUCUCAAAGGCCAGCCGAAAGCCCUUGGGACGGUCCAGAUUAUGAUCGGUCUGCUGACUCUCCUGUUUGGCAUUGUGUCUUCAGUUUAUGCAGAUCUUGUCUUUGUCUAUGGUGGACUUCCUUACUGGGGAUCUGUCAUCUACAUUACUGCAGGCUCACUCUGCAUUGCUGCCGAAAAUAAGAUUAAUUCACCCUCCAGUUUGUGUUUGGUGAAUGCUUCACUUGGAAUGAACAUUUUCAGUACUAUUACCGCUGGCAUUGCCAUUAUUUUAUCCUCUCUGGAUUUGGUUAUAGGGCCAUACACUUACCGCUACCAUUAUGACUCUUCUUAUAAAGGACAUUAUGAGACUCUCUUCAAGGGAAUCAGAGGUGUGUUGCUGUUAUUCGCUGUGCUUGAGUUUAUCAUCUCCAUCUAUCUGUCAGCAUUUGCCUGUAAAGCCACUGGCUGCUGUUGUUCUCCUCAGGUGCAGUUUGCUCAAGUUCUGUCACCACAGCCCUGUGAUUUCAGGCCCAAUCGUUUCCACGAUCUCAACAGCCCAGAGAUCCCUGUGGCCAGCAGCUCUUCCUCUCAUCAUCCUGCAGACGCUCCUCCACAAUACACUGAAAUAAAUAAGUAUUAAAAAGUGGACAGUUGUCCCAUAUGAAAGAAAUAUAUGUGAAUGUUUUGGAAAAUAUAAUGCAGUUUAUUACAUAAUACAUUUCUAUAUAUGGGAAAUCAACACUUAUAUUUUUCAGUAUUCUGCAGUAUAUUCAUGGAUCAUGUUUGGAUGUGUUUUGAUGCAUUUAAAAAAAUACUGUU